GAGAAGCACCAAGUUGCAAGCUUUUUUUUUUUUUACUAAAAUUAUUUUGAAGCAAACUAUUUUAUGUAUAACCAACUAAUCAUCCUUUUCAUUUAUUUCUUUCAGAAAGGGUUUCUCUAGGGUUUCUGUUUCACUCGUAUCUUCAGGUAAUUCAAAUUAACUCAAAGCAGCAGCAAGGUUCUUAGAUUUGUUUCAGAUAUUAUUUAGAAAACCAUGGGUAAAGAAAAGGUUCACAUCAACAUAGUGGUCAUCGGACAUGUCGAUUCUGGCAAGUCGACCACCACCGGACAUCUGAUCUACAAGCUUGGAGGUAUCGACAAGCGUGUGAUCGAAAGGUUCGAAAAGGAAGCAGCUGAAAUGAACAAAAGAUCAUUCAAAUACGCCUGGGUGCUCGACAAGCUUAAAGCUGAGCGCGAGCGUGGUAUCACAAUUGAUAUCGCCUUGUGGAAAUUCGAGACCACUAAGUACUACUGCACUGUCAUUGAUGCUCCUGGACAUCGUGAUUUUAUCAAGAACAUGAUUACUGGAACCUCGCAGGCGGACUGUGCGGUUUUGAUCAUUGAUUCGACUACUGGUGGGUUUGAAGCGGGUAUUUCUAAGGAUGGUCAGACUCGUGAGCAUGCUCUUCUCGCUUUCACCCUUGGUGUCAAACAAAUGAUCUGCUGCUGCAACAAGAUGGAUGCUACUACUCCCAAGUACUCUAAGGGUAGGUAUGAUGAAAUUGUGAAGGAAGUUUCUUCAUACCUCAAGAAGGUUGGAUACAACCCCGAUAAGAUCCCAUUUGUUCCCAUUUCUGGUUUUGAAGGUGACAACAUGAUUGAGAGAUCAACCAACCUUGAUUGGUACAAGGGCCCAACUCUACUUGAUGCUCUCGACAUGAUCAAUGAACCAAAGAGGCCCACAGACAAACCUCUUCGACUCCCACUUCAAGACGUUUACAAGAUUGGUGGUAUUGGAACUGUGCCAGUGGGUCGUGUGGAGACUGGUAUCCUCAAGCCUGGUAUGGUUGUUACUUUUGGUCCCACUGGAUUGACAACUGAAGUCAAGUCAGUCGAGAUGCAUCAUGAAUCUCUUCAAGAAGCUCUCCCCGGUGACAAUGUCGGUUUCAAUGUUAAGAAUGUGGCUGUCAAGGAUCUUAAGAGAGGAUUUGUUGCAUCAAACUCCAAGGAUGAUCCUGCCAGGGAAGCUGCCAACUUCACAUCCCAAGUCAUUAUCAUGAACCACCCUGGGCAGAUCGGAAACGGAUAUGCUCCAGUUUUGGAUUGCCACACCUCCCAUAUUGCAGUCAAGUUUGCUGAGAUUUUGACCAAGAUUGAUCGUCGUUCUGGUAAGGAGCUUGAGAAAGAGCCCAAGUUUUUGAAGAAUGGUGAUGCCGGGUUCGUUAAGAUGAUUGCCACCAAGCCUAUGGUUGUGGAGUCUUUCGCGGAGUACCCUCCAUUGGGUCGUUUUGCUGUUAGGGACAUGCGGCAGACUGUUGCUGUUGGUGUUAUUAAGAGUGUUGAGAAGAAGGAUCCAAGUGGAGCUAAGGUGACCAAGUCUGCUGCUAAGAAGGGAGGCAAAUGAAUAGUUUUCUUUGGAAAAUUUAUCUUAGUUUUUCAAGAUGUUUGAGCACAACUUCUGUUGUGAGUUCUCUAUAUCCACUGUCUAGUUGCAGUACCCAUAAUUGGGUGCUCGACCGGCGGUGGCCACCGUUGUAGGUAUUAUGUUAUACACCAUUAUUAUGCAGGAGAUCAAUUCUUUUUGACAA